CUUCCCAGGAAUACCAGAACAGUUGGCUUACCUCCAUGCAAGACCAUAAAAUGGAUUCGUUUGUAUGACAGGAACGCCCGUUAACAACAGACUGGCGUGUGUACAAGGGGAUACAACACUACAACAGGGGUAUCUAGUGUUGACGGGUGAAGCUGGAUACCGCCUUCUAUCCUCCAUCAAGUGGUAGACUAUCCCUUGGAUUGGGUACUGGGAGAAAGGGAAAGAGUACAAGUGAAAUCCCGUCGAACAUACAGAGAAUAGUCUCUGUAUCGUUUCGAUACAUUGGAAAAGUGUGCAAGCAAAACAGGAAAUACUUUAUAUUAUUUAAAAAUUUUGUGCGGAAAUAUUUUAUUGAUAGUGUCAUGUGGUUUUUAUGACGCCGUCACAGGAUGGGACAGACAUGCGGAGUUACCAAAGAAUCAAAACUUAUUAGUCAACAGGAGAAUGAUAUGGACGUGAAUUCCGAUUUCAAGAUCAGCAUCCAUGACACAAUUUCAAAGGUCACCGACAAAGAUACUAUUCAUAGCGGUAAAGUUACAGAGGUUAAUUCCAUGGUGACAAGCAGAGCAUCGGGUGUAGGGGAUACUGGGUCAGGGGAAAUCGACAAGAGUGAUGGAUUGUGGGUAAUGUAUGAUGUCGUAUCUAAGAAGCCUUCCUUCACGUUACUUGACCACCCAACCAUAGUGUCCUCCUUUCUCUGUCCAUGUGAUGUACAUUCCAUCUGUCCGAACGCACUAGGUCAAGCGUGGACAUGUGACAUGUUCUCAAAUGACAUCACGCUUAUCGACAAUAUUGGUUACGUCUUACAGCAGAUCACGUGUCGUUGGCUUGUAGACGAUAUCAGCCUAGCCGACGACCGCUACCAGUCGCCGUUCCUGUUGUGCUCGAAGAAAAAGACAGUGAUGGACCUCCGGUGUCCAAAAUCAAUCUUUAAGACCCGUCAUCGGCCUACGUCACUUUGCUACUCGGGUCAGAAUCACGUCGUAGUGGGAACAAAGCAAACAGUUACCAUGUAUACUAACCAAGGUGACGUGGUCGGAGCCAGUGUGAGGGAGGACUCUGGAAUCAUCUGGCCUUGGCGAAUGUCCGUCUGUCGUCUCGUAGGUAACAUCGCCGUCAUCGAUACAGACCUCAAGAAAUAUGGUGGUCUGGGCAAGCCCAAUAUAUUGGUCAUGGACAAUUCGCUCAAACCUCUGUUCAGGUACAGAGGUAGAGGUUCGGUAUCUGGUAUGACGUCGUCAUUUGAGCCGUCAGAUCUGGCCUAUGACAGUUAUGGUAACCUGGUGGUUGCAGACUAUAACAGUCGGAGUCUGGAGCUGAUAAGCGGGGAGGGGAAACAUCUUAAGACACUUCACACAGACGCCGGUCGGAUACAGGCCGUGGGUAUUCAGAUUGGCGGCAAACUGCCACGAGAUGGUGAGCAGGAACCCCAUUCUGGGAAUAUUUUAUGGGUUUCUAUUUACUACCCCGAUGAUGAAGACGAAAUGGACCAGAUUAAACUGUUUAGGUACUAUUCUUGAUAUAGUGUUAGGGUCGAAGCGUGACCCCUUGUAACAAAGAAGUUCAAACAAUGUUUUCACGUGUAUAGUUCAAUGUGAUUAUCUAAAAACAUGAACCAAUAUGUAUAAUAUUAUUUCAUUUUGGUUGAGCGUAUGAAGUUGGAAAGCAAAUAGACUGGGUUACAUUCCUUAGUACAAUUAGGUAUUAAAUGGUUAUGUCUAUCAUUCCUUCCAGCCAGAUUGAAAUGGCCAAUACAGGUCUUCAUCGGGCAUGAGGAGUCAUAAAUGGCGCUUUGCACCUUUGAAAUAAAAUGCCAAUAUCAAGUUGAUUUAAAUUCGUUUAGCAUGCUGAGUUCUUCAAAAAUCAUCACUAGCGCUUCAUGACAUACAUUAUGUCCUUGUCUGUGUUAUUAUCAAAUAGCGAAGCCUGGCGGAGUAAAAUUGGAACCUAAUUAAGGUAGGUAAUCCAGUCUAUGCUUAGCAGGUCAAGGUCUAUAUUUGGUAGGCAUCUUGAUAACGCGAUCGUUUAUUUGUCAAUUCAAUUAACGAAUCGUUGGUUUCACUAUAGACGUCCUUAUUGUUUGUAUGGAAACGAAAUGAUUGGUAAUGGUUUUCUAAACAUCCAGCUCUUGUAGGGCACGUUAGUCACAUAUGAAAAUAUAAUAUUGAUAUUUCCUCAUUAUUAUUGCUUCAUAUAAACCUUUCGAUCUAUGGAUAUGCACUAUGGUUUGUUUACAUAAGUAAUGAUAAUAUUAGUUAUGGAAUAAUUGAUUUUUGGGUUUGCAAUAUUAUUUUUUCAUCUGCAAAAAAUGUUAAGGGAUACAAAGACGACAUUUGGUUACGAUAAACUGAUUUUUUUUUGACUUGCAAUGUUAUUUUUGCAUAUGGAAAAAUGGAUUAAGUCCCCUUAACCACACAAGCAUAUGAAUGUUAUACAAUCUAUGUUAAAUAAACUGAUUCCAAGUCAAUAUCUAUUAUCUUUUUUGACAGCUGACCCAUUGGAUAUUCUUUAUGUCAGAUUUAGAUUUAGUUUAAAGUAAUCAAGUCGAUAAGGUAACGUAUGUUGCCAUAGUAAUACGUGUUUGAAAUUAUUUAGGUCAAAUCUCGCGGUUUUUUUUCUAAAAUUUUAAAAUAAACUUUUUCUCGUUAGAUAAACAACAGAUUACUGCUCGUUGUAUUGGAAACUUGUACUAGUUAAUAGGUGUUGUAACUUGAUUAACUGCUAAUAUUAGUGAUUGAUAUUCGUACCAAGAUGAAUGAUUUUACCGUGUCGUGUCUCACUCAGACAAUUGAUCUGUAUGUAUUGUGCCUUAAGAGGAAAACAAAACUGUAAGGUGUAGUCGACUGUAUGGCUUAUCUUUGGUUUUACAGAUCAAAUGUAUACUCUAAAUAAAGGUUGUACG